AUGGCGACGCACUUCGUGCUCAACACCGGCGCUAAGAUCCCCUCCGUGGGGCUCGGCACCUGGCAGUCCGACCCCGGCGUCGUCGGCGAGGCCGUCUACGCCGCCGUCAAGGCCGGGUACCGCCACAUCGACUGCGCCAGGGCCUACAACAACGAGAAGGAGGUGGGUUUGGCACUGAAGAAGCUAUUUGAAGAGGGUGUAGUCAAGCGUGAGGAUCUGUUUAUCACCUCUAAGCUAUGGUGUGGUCAUCAUGCCCCAGAAGAUGUGCCUGAGGCACUUGGGGAUUCCCUCAAUGACUUGCAGCUUGACUACUUGGAUCUUUACCUUAUCCACUGGCCAUUUAAAAUCAAGAAGGGAACAAGCAUUGGCAACCCUGAAAACUUCUUACCACCUGACAUCCCAGCUACAUGGGGAGCAAUGGAGAAGUUGCAUGAUGCUGGCAAAGCUCGUGCAAUUGGUGUGAGUAAUUUCUCAUCGAAGAAAUUGGGUGACUUGCUUGCUGUAGCCCGCGUACCUCCGGCUGUUGACCAGGUGGAGUGCCAUCCUACUUGGCAGCAAUCUAAACUCCAUAGCUUCUGUCAGUCAACUGGUGUUCACCUCUCUGCGUACUCACCACUAGGUUCACCUGGCUCAACAUGGAUGAAUGGUAAUGUCCUCAAAGAACCCGUUGUCGUCUCAAUUGCAGAGAAGCUUGGCAAAACUCCAGCACAAGUGGCGUUGCGCUGGAACAUUCAGAUGGGUCACAGUGUGCUGCCAAAGAGCGUGAGUGAAGAACGGAUAAAGCAGAACCUUGCUGUUUAUGACUGGUCUAUUCCAGAAGACUUGCUUGCAAAGUUCUCUGAGAUUAAGCAGCCAGGCUGCUCAUGGGCAACUUCAUCGUCAACAAAGACAGCGUUUACAAGACCCACGAUGAGCUCUGGGACGGCGAAAUCUAGGACAGCUCCCUAG